UCGAAUUCGGUACUUACUAAAAAGGUUGUUCGGUUUCACCAUUCUAAAUAAGCUCUAAUGGGAAUAGUAUAACAUUAUUUUAAUUUUUUUUACGUUUUAUAAAAAGUGUAUGGUUUGGCAUUCAAUUAUGCAUAUUUAUCGUGUUUUUCUUGCUGUGAUUACCUUAUUGGGCUAUCGGUCAAAUGUGGUGCUCACCAAGGAAUGGUGGGAAAAUGCUAAUUAUUAUCAAAUAUAUCCGCGUUCGUUUCGUGAUAGUAACGGCGAUGGCAUUGGUGAUUUAAAUGGUAUCGCCCCGAAAUUGCAAUAUCUCAAGGAUAUCGGUUUCACUGCCGCUUGGCUUUCACCUAUUUUCAAAUCGCCCAUGGUCGACUUUGGUUACGACAUCUCUGAUUUCUACGCAAUACAUCACGAGUAUGGCACAAUGGAAGACUUUAAAGCGCUAAUUGCACGCGCUAAACAAGUAGGCAUUCGAAUUAUACUGGACUUUGUGCCGAAUCAUACAAGUGAUGAGUGCGAGUGGUUUGUGAAAUCGGUUAAUCGUGAACCGGGCUAUGAAGACUUUUACGUGUGGUCGAAUGGCACAGUGGAUGCCAAUGGUAGACGUCAACCACCGAGCAACUGGGUGAGCGCGUUUCGUUACAGCGCCUGGGAGUGGAAUGAAAAGCGACAACAAUACUAUUUGCAUCAGUUCGCCAUAAAGCAAGCUGAUUUGAAUUACCGCAACCCUUUGGUGGUGGCAAAGAUGAAAGAGGUGAUGCGAUUUUGGUUGGAUAUAGGCAUUUCAGGAUUUCGCAUUGACGCCUUGCCAUUUAUGUUUGAAAAGGGUCCGGAUGCAAAUGGUAACUUUCCCGAUGAGCCUGUAAUUGACAAUGUCAGCGAAUGUCCCGACCCCGAUGAUUGGUGUCAUUUAAAUCACACCUAUACACAAGAUCAACCGGAGUCCAUUGAAAUGGUUUAUCAGUGGCGUGAACUGGUGGAACAGUAUAAGAAGGAGAAAGGCGGCGAGUCUCCUGUUCUCUUGACAGAGGCCUACACGACUUUGAAUAAUUUAAUGUUAUACUAUGGUGAUGGUCAGCGAAAUGGUUCUAUGGUGCCAUUCAAUUUCUAUUUAAUGAGGAGUUUGAAAAAUGAUUCAACUGCGGGCGAUAUUGUGAAUUAUAUCAAUGAUUGGAUUAAACGCAUGCCGCCAGGUGUGAGCGCCAACUGGGUACUCGGCAAUCAUGACAAUCCACGAUAUUCCACACGAUUAGGUGUACAACGCGCAGAUUUAUUUACGAUUUUGCUUCAAACUCUACCGGGGAAUGCGGUGACUUACAAUGGCGAAGAGCUAGGCAUGACAGAUGGUAAAGUAACAUGGGAGCAAACUGUCGAUCCGCAAGGCUGCAAUGCAAAUCCUAGCAAUUAUGAAAACUACUCACGUGAUCCUUGCCGUACACCUUACCAGUGGGAUGCCUCGAAAAAUGCUGGUUUCUCCACCGCUGAUCACACUUGGCUGCCAGUUGCCAGCAAUUAUCGCACCCUAAAUGCCUUGGCCCAAUUACGUGCGCCAAAGAGUCACUUACAGAUGUUUAUGAAAUUAAUUCGCCUACGUCAAUUACGCUCUUUCCAAGAUGGUGAACUUAAGAUAAAAGCGAUUGGCGAUGACAUUAUCAUCUAUUCACGCGAGGCGCCUCGUGAUGAAUUAUUUGUUAUUGUACUCAAUCUGAGCGGCAAAAGGCUGCAGUUGAAUAUCAAUGAACACUUCAAUAUGGGUGGACAGGCGGAGGUGAUCACUUCAUCAUUGCAAUCGACAUAUCAUGAUGGUGACAUUGUUGAUCCAAGAACGUAUGUGGCGGAGCCUUAUGUGGGUGUUGUGUUGGUGAAAUUUUAAAUAAAAUAAAAAUAAAAAAUAAAUAUAAAGCUUACUUGGCUAUUAUUCGCUUUCUUUAACGAUGCCUGAAGUGAAA